AUGUCCUACUCACAGAGUAGCACAGGAUCAGCAAACGGUUUGGCUUACAAAAUUCUUCACAAUUCACAAUCUCUCUCGUCCACCCCUCGAGCAACUCCGCCGCCGCCGAAAGGAUCGCAGAUGUCCUCCUUUGGGGUCCCCAACGGCGCCGCUCGUGGCAGCUUCAACGGCACUUAUGAUGGUGGAAAUGAUUAUGGGUCGAUGAUGUCUUACCAGGAGGACUUGAAGCCGCAGAUCUACCGCGCGGUCUACUCCAAUGUCUCCGUUUACGAAAUGGAGGUCAAUGGGGUCGCAGUUAUGAAACGUCGAUCCGAUUCCUGGUUGAACGCAACUCAAAUUCUAAAGGUGGCCGGUGUCGUCAAGGCUCGACGCACGAAGACUCUGGAGAAGGAAAUCGCUGCCGGAGAGCAUGAGAAGGUCCAAGGUGGUUACGGAAAGUACCAAGGUACCUGGGUCAACUACCAGCGAGGUGUUGAUCUGUGCCGCGAGUACCAUGUGGAGGAAUUGCUGCGACCAUUGCUGGAAUACGAUAUGAGCCCCGAUGGCUCCGGCGGUCCCUCCCAGAGCUCCCUCGAUACCCCUACGAAAGAGCAGGCUAUGGCCGCUCAGCGCAAGCGUCUCUACAGUGGCGCAGAGAAUCGAAGCAUGUCGCAGCCCCAGCAAGGAACCUUUUUCCAGAAUAUCUCCCGCACGGCAGCAACUGCAGUCAAUGCCAUCAGCAAGGCCCGCUUCGAUUCGCCGAGUGGGAACAGCCGCCGACCAAGCGUCAUUCGCAAGCCAUCACAGCAGAUGAGCAGCCAAGAGUCACAAAUGGCGUUUAGCAGCCAGCAGAGCAUGUACAACAUGUCCGACAGCGGAUUCAGCAGUCUACAGAAUCGCUUCCAGCCACAUGAUGACCACGAGGAAUUUGUGGAACCCCCACGCAAGCGUGUUCGCUCUUCAUCGCACCAUGGACCGCCAAUCGGGUUGCACAGAGAACCAUCCAAUCUCUCCAUGCAUGAACCUACCCCCACCGAACCUAAUGAUUCCUUCUAUCAAGACCUCGAUCUUCCGCCGCCGCCAAUGGAUGAUGGACAGAAGCGUGGUGCUGAGGCUAUUCCUCCCGCUUCAGAUCCCGAGGGCUUCCAAAAGCAGAAGCUCAUCAUGACCUUGUUCCUUGAUAAACGCAUCAAGGACUUUUCUAACCACCCUGCUCUCAUGCAGUUGACGGGCGAAGAUCUUGAGAUUCCUCUUGAUGAGUACCGAAACAAUGCCCUCCAUUGGGCUGCGAUGCUGGCACGUAUGCCGCUAGUUCAUGCUCUAGUAGCGAAAGGUGCGAGCAUCGCGCGGGUUAACGCCGCGGGCGAGACUGCUCUGCAAAAGGCGGUAGGAACCCGCAACAAUCUUGAUUACCGAAGUUUCCCUCGUCUACUUCAGGCCCUAGCUCCGACUAUUGAUAUGGUCGACUACAGUGGGCGGACUAUUCUGCACCACAUCGCUGUCAUGGCAGCCACCGGUGGCGGUGGACACGUCUCCGCAAAGCAUUAUCUUGAAUCUCUGUUAGAGUUCAUAGUUCGACAUGGUGGGAUUUCUAGCACCAAUGGCGAUCACACGCAGAAUGGGUCACAAGGCAGUGAGGUCAUCUCGCUAGGCCGAUUCAUCUCGGAGAUCGUAAAUUUACGCGACGAGCAAGGUGAUACUGCUCUGAACCUUGCUGGACGUGCACGAUCAGUGCUCGUUCCUCAGUUACUGGAAGUGGGCGCAGAUCCUCACAUUCCAAAUCACACGGGACUUCGGCCUGCUGACUACGGUGUUGGUGUUGAUAUGGUCGAUGGCAAUGGCCAAUCGCAGCAAGCUGGUGGUCGUAACGACACUUUUAUUGACCAGCUUGCAAAGUCAAAGAAGGAGAUUCUCGAUGCCGCCUUGUCGCAAAUUAAUACCAUGGUCGAAGAGGCUCUCGGCGGUAUUGACCGAGACCUAGCGGCCAGCAUCACCCAGAAGCAAGAAAAGUUUGACCACUGGCACACCAAAAUCCGCGCGGCUGCCAAAGCCCGCCAGAUUGAACAAAAGCAGCUGGAUUCGUUGAAGCAAAAGGGUUCAGAGCGAGUUGAGACCGAUCGGCGUAUCAAGAACCUGGAGCGGUCUUCCGAGGACUUACUGAGCACAUUGAAGGGCACGCCAGGAAUUGACCUCUCUCGGGUUGCCGUAAUUGGUGAUGCCGAUAAGAGCUCUGGAGUGGAUCCUGUCACGUUUGACGCCUUGUUCGGGGAGACGUUUGAUCCGUCCGCUGGGUUUUCUGCUCAGCAAGUGGCUUUCUUGGCUACUAUUCCUUCGCCAGAUGUGCUGAGACAUCGCACGCAAUGCUAUCAAGACUGGAACGCUGGUAUCAUGACCGAAGUUGAGGAUCUAAAGGCCAAGAAUGUAGUUCUCGGACAGAACUACCGUCGCAUGGUGAUGGCAUGCACGGGCUGGUCAGCCGAAGAAGUGGACGAUGCAGCCGAAGGUCUGACAGAGUGUGUCAUCGACCUGAACGAAAAUCCCGUUCCUGAGGAAGAGGCUAUCGAGAUUCUCAUGCGGGAUCGUGGACAGGACUGGUAG